CGGAAUUUCGCCGGCCUCGGGGAAUCGCCCGCCCAUUCCCGCGGAAUUGCGGUGCGCAGUUCUCCCGCAAUGAGCUCGGCGUUUUCGUCCUUUGUCCCUGCCGUGGCGCUUGGCCCGCAAGGAUUGGCUGAAUUUCGCCGGCCUUGGGGAUCCACCCGCCCAUUCCCGCGGAAUUGCGGUGCGCAGUUCUCCCGCCAUCAGAAAUUCCGCAAGGACGGUGUUCACCAGCGAGCAGUCCCUUUGCCGGCAAAACUACCGGUAGCCAAGGCUAGCAGCAGCCCAACUCCUAAGAUUAUUCCGUGCAGAUUUAUUCGCCAAAUUCAUGAUGAUGUCCAUAAAAAAUCGAGCUCGACCAACAGGUUUUGGAAUGGUGGUCCUCGAUCCUCGUCGACGCUAGUCAAUGUGAACGGUCAGCCCAAGGUCUGCGCAGUUGAAAAGCCAAGCAGUGCUUCUGCGCGUGAAUCGGAACGCCAUUCGAGUCUACAUUCUUGCCUGGAUGCAUGCAGAACAGGCUCGCAUGAGAAUGGCAGCGACGCAGGUGAGGCAGAGGAAUUACCAUGGGUUCUUCAACGAGGAAGGCGAGGCCUCCUUGUAGCUGGUGCUAUAAGUCUGGCUACAUCCUUUGUCCUUGGACAGGAUCUGCCUGCCAGUGCAGAGGAGAACUUGUCGGUCAGCACAUCGUCGUCACCUUCAGAAACGUUGAAGUCAACAGCUGAGCGGAAGCCGAGGAGAGACCCAUUUGACUUCUUGGAGCCAAGCUUUAGGCCGCCGCCUGAUGCACUGAGGGUCACGGGUUCAACUCCAGGGAACUGUGCAGAUACUGUACACAGCUGCCGCACAAGACAGAGACGGAGUGAAGAAGAGGAUCCAUGUGAGUCGACCACCACCGGCGAUUUCCUAAAGAAGAAACAAAGUGUGCAUGUUGCUGCUGCUGCACAAGACAGAGAUGGAGUGAACAAGAGCAUCCAUAGCAUCGAUCAGUAUGAAUCUGCUCUCAAAUUCGCGGAGAUGUCAAUAAGUAUUGGCCGAUUUGGCUACCUCGAGAAGGCGGCCAUAGCUGGGAUCACGGAGACGUACAAAGCACGGAUCCGGCAACUUCGACAACGCUUGUUGUCGACAUCAUGUAAGGCGGCUCCGGCAGCAGGUGAUGGGGUGAACGAUGCAGAAGAAGAUGAGUCAUGUGGCAUGGCGACGGCAGGUAUGGAUGACAUGAUGGAGGUCGGCAGCUCUGGCUUCCCCGCCCAACAUACACCAGGAAUAACGCAGAUUGAGGACGGUGCUGUCAGGCCCAGCUGGAAGCCUCGCCUGCAGAGGAGGACACGGCAACAGACGUCGGGCGGGAAGAAACUGCCGCCCGGGAGCAACCAUAGCUGCAACUCUCCACCUUUCAGCGACCCGGACAGUCCUGACAUUCUGACGGCAGAAUGCGCAGACGAAAGAAGGCAGACCAUGCAGCAGCUAGCGCAGAUGUGCCUGAGGGAACCGCAGAUGCGAUUGACGGAUAUCGGUGGCAUGGCUGAUGUCAAAGACGCUCUCGUUGAGGGGUUUCUCAUCCCACUCAGCUAUCCAGACCUCUUCCACGGGCUUCGCUCGCCGUUGACAAACAUUCUUUUGUUUGGUAAGCCUGGGACGGGGAAGACGAGGAUGGCGGAGGCGUUGGCAGCGGAGGCGAGGUGCAAGUUCCUGGUCGUCACGCCAUCGACUGUGUUGUCGAAGUGGACAGGAGAAAGUGAGCGCACACUGCGCGGGGUAUUCGAUUUGGCGCGAGAGUUGCGGCCGGCGAUGGUCUUUAUCGAUGAGAUCGACGCCCUCGGUGCAAGUCGUGGUUGUAACGAUGACACGUCGUCGCGGAGACUCGUCACGGAGCUGCUAGUUCAGAUGAAUCAGAUCGCGUUGGGCGAUCAGAUUUACAUCAUCGCGGCAACGAACCGAGUCCAAGACCUCGACGAGGCGCUGCUGCGACGAUUUGAGAUGAGGGUGAAGGUGCCGCUACCCGAUCCGUUAUCGCGGCAGAAGAUCAUCGAGCUCUACCUCAAGGAUGUCGAGUCGUGUCUAUCGAACGGAGACCUGGAGCUUCUGGCAUCGGAAACGGAAGGGUACAGUGGAUCAGAUCUGAAGACGUUAUGCCGAGAGGUGGCGAUGCGCCCUGCGAGAGAAGCUGUCAGAGCCCUGACAAGGCUGUCGCAGGCGGGAGGGGUAGUGCCUUCUUCUCCAUUCACAGCAGCAAAUGGACACCGCCAGGCACUGACCAUUCGUCCAAUGACGAUGGAGGAUUUCCACGAAGCUCUGAAAACGUUCAAGCCAGCUGCUCGGAAGAACUCUUUUUACGCCGAUGCGGAAGAGUAGCUGUGUAUGCCGUUUUGCAGACGCUGAAGCGUAAUACCAUAAUAACGGAUGACGACACCUCUUGGAAGGACAAGCGGAGCCCAGGAGGAUUUCUCCUCUUGAGUGGAGUUCUCCUUGCUUUCUUCGUGCUGGGCAACUACACCUUUCCCUGGUUUGUGUUCAAGGAUACAGUGUUCAGGGAGGGGGGAGACGGCGGCGAAGAGGACGACGACGAUGACGAUGGUGAGGAUGCUGUUGAAUCGACGCGUGGAAAUGAACGAAUGAUGGACCGAGUUGCAAAGCAGCAAAGGUCGGAAACGUGAGGGCAUCGGCGGGGCGAGAUUUCAUUCAUUCAAGGAGGAAAAAAAAGAGUUCCUAAAUGUCUGAACCAUCAGGGGGCCCUGCCUCAAGGAAGGGAGGGAGGGAUACGGAUGGAGAAGGUCCAGUGUGCAUAGCUGGGAUAUCAUCUCUGGAGAGACUACAUACAUUGGAUAAUCUGUAUGGAUAGACUACAUACGGUGAAUGAUUUGUCAAAAGACAAACUUAACUUUUCCAAAGGCCGUACACAAAGAUGUAUACAAAUAAUUACACAUUCAUUUUUGACCUUAGCCUCUUGCCUUU